GCACGCAGCGCACUAGCUUAAAUUGGCCAGCACCAUCAUGUCGCCACGAUCCAUCGCAGCAUUGCAUUGACGACGCCCCGAGCAUACUCCUCUCAUCUGCAAAUAAAGCCAUUGGGGGCAGUCAGUGAGUGAGUGAGUCAGUGUGAGGACUGAGGAGAGACCUUUGAGCAAGCAAGCUUGCUUUGAGGGUCAGAGGGGGCUUUCGGCGCCGGCCAACCAUGGGGGAGGUGAAGCACCUGUGCCUGGUGAAGUUCAAGGAGGGCGUCGUGGUGGAGGAUGUCCUCAAAGGCAUGACUGACCUCGUGGCCGGGAUGGACAUGGUGAAAUCUUUCGAGUGGGGUCAGGACGUGCUGAACCAGGAGAUGCUGACGCAGGGCUUCACCCACGUCUUCUCGCUGACCUUCGCCUUCGCCGACGACCUGGCCACCUACAUGGGCCACGACAGGCACGCCGCGUUCGCCGCCACCUUCAUGGCCGCGCUCGACAAGGUGGUCGUCAUCGACUUCCCCGUCGUCGUCGCCAAGCCGCCGCCUCCGGCAUGAUCUGCCGGCGGCCAUUGUAUUGUACGGCGCCCUUUUUCAGGUAGCAUCAGAUCAGAUCCAUGUGUGUUGCAGCGCUGCUGCUGCUGGUGUGCUACUGCUUACUGUACGUACUUAGUGGUACUACUAUUUAUUGCUUGUUCUGCUCUAUCUAUCUAUCUAUCUAUCUAUCUAUCUAUCUAUCUAUCUAUCUAUCUAUCUAUCUAUAAUAUGUCCCCGGUUAGUGCAUGCAUGGUGUAGUAGCUGUAAGCCUGUAAACUCUGCAAGGCAAAAAUAUCUGCACCGUGCACUCUCCGCUCAAGUACCUAUUGUUUGGUUAUCUUUGGAAUAAAUUCCGGUCAUCUUUCUGGUAUGCU